GGCGCGCUCGCGGCCAAUGGGCGUCGUUGGAGGGCGGCGCUCAGCAUUGGCGAUGGAGGCCGUGGGCCGCCGCCUCGCCUACUCCGUGCACAAGUGGUCGAGCUACUCGGCCUCCUACGUGCCCGAAAACAUCCUCGUGGACAUCUCCAACGACCAGUCGUCACGAUGGUCCUCGGACAGCAACCACCCUCCGCAGUUCCUACUGCUGAAGCUGGCACGCACGGCUGUGGUGCAGAGCAUCACGUUUGGCAAGUACGAGAAGACGCACGUGUGCAACCUCAAAAAGUUCAAGAUUUACGGCGGCAUGAGCGAGGACAACAUGACGGAGCUCCUGGCUAGCGGCCUGAAGAAUGACCACAACAAGGAGACCUUUUCACUGAAGCAUAAGAUCGAAGAUCAGAUGUUUCCUUGCCGCUGGAUUAAAAUAGUUCCCAUCCUGUCAUGGGGCCCCAGCUUCAACUUCAGCAUCUGGUACGUGGAGAUGCACGGGGUGGACUCUCCUGAUGUGGUGCUGCCCUGCCUGCAUUGGUACAGCAAGCCAUCGUUUCCGUCCGCACAGUACCGCGAGCGGGAGGCGAUCCGCUUGUGCCUCAAGCACUUCCGUCAGCACAACUACACGGAGGCGUUCGAGUCGCUGCAGAAAAAGACGCGCAUCGCCCUGGAGCACCCGACGCUCACGGAGCUGCACGACCGCCUCGUGCUCAAGGGCGACUUUGCCGCCUGCGAGCAGCUCGUGGAGAAAUCCGUCGGCGAGGGGCUGUUCAACCACUACAUCAGCCAGCAAGAGUACAAGCCCAGGUGGAUGCAGAUCACACCUAAGAGCUACAAAGAUGACGGCGAUGACAGCCGACCUGGGAUGCGUGGAGGCCACCAGAUGGUCAUCGACGUCCACACAGAGACCGUCUACCUGUUUGGAGGGUGGGACGGAACUCAGGACCUCGCGGACUUCUGGGCGUACAGCGUCUCCAACGGCCAGUGGACAUGCAUCUCCAGGGACACCGCCAAGGAGGGAGGCCCCAGCGCGCGCUCGUGCCACAAGAUGUGCAUCGACGUGGAGCGGCGCCACAUCUACACGCUGGGGCGCUACCUCGACUCGCUGGUGCGUAGCAGCAACGCGCUCAAGAGCGAUUUCUACCGCUACUCGAUCGACGGCAGCAGCUGGAGCCUGCUGAGCGAGGACACGUCGGCCGACGGGGGGCCCAAGCUCGUCUUCGACCACCAGAUGUGCAUGGACUCGGAGUGGCACACGGUCUACACGUUCGGGGGCCGCAUCCUGACCGGCGGGGGCCAGGGCGACGAGAACCGUGGCGGUGGCGGUGGCGGGGAGGCCCAGUUCAGCGGCCUGUACGCCUACCACUGCCCCACACGCUGCUGGCGCCUGUUGCGCGAGGACUCCAGCAACGCCGGCCCGGAGGAGAUCCAGUCCCGAAUCGGCCACUGCAUGCUCUUCCACACGAAGAACCGCCACCUGUACGUGUUUGGUGGGCAGCGGGCCAAAACGUACCUCAACGACUUCUUCAGCUACAACGUGGACACGGACCACGUGGACAUCAUCUCGGACGGCACCAAGAAGGAGUCCGGCAUGGUGCCGAUGACGGGCUUCACGCAGCGCGCCACCAUCGACCCCGAGCUGGACGAGAUCCACGUGCUGUCGGGCCUGAGCAAGGACAAGGAGAAGCGCGAGGAGAACGUACGCAACUCCUUCUGGGUCUACCACAUCGUCCACAACACCUGGUCGUGCGUUUACAAGAACUUCCAGGCCGGGAAGGAAGGGGCUGCCGGACGCGGCAGCGUGGAGGAGGAGCCGUGCCCUCGCUUUGCUCACCAGCUCGUGUAUGACGAGGUGCACAAGGUGCACUAUCUGUUUGGGGGAAACCCCGGGAAGCCGACCCUGCCCAAGAUCCGACUGGACGACUUCUGGGCCCUCAAGCUGUGCCGGCCGGCGCGCGAAGACCUCCUGCGCCGCUGCCGAUACCUCAUCCGCAAGCACAGGUUCCAGGAGAAGGCGGUGACGGAGCCCGUGGCGGCGCUCACGUACCUGCAGACGGAGCUGGCCGACACCGUGGAUCACUCCGACCCCACCGAGACGAAAGAGUUCCAGCUGCUGACGUCGUCUCUCUUCAAAACCACGUCAGACUUCAUCCCCCUGGGUUACUCGGACGUGGACGAGACGUAUGCCCGCCGCUCGCAGCUCUUCGACACGCUCGUCAAUUUCUUCCCCGAGAACAUGACCCCUCCCAAAGGGAACCUCGUGGAUCUCAUCAGCCUGUGAUGCCCGCCGCUCAUGCACCGUCUGGCGCCAGUACCACCACCACCAUGGCCACUGGUGAUGGACGGCGGCAGCGCCGGCGGAGCCACGGGUGGGGCUGAAGAAGUGGCCACCACCACCAAAUCCAGUGCCUCGCUCGGUCAUUCGCUCGCUCCUGCAGGUGCAGUUAGCCAGCGUAGAAGCAGACCCGCCGAGCGGCCGGCUCAGCGUGCGAACAGAGGUUGGUCGCCCGCCUAUGUGCGUGCGCGGUCUGUGGUCGGUGAGUCCAGCCCAGGGCUCCAGUUCAUACAAAAUUACAACAAGGUCGCUGGCAGAACGGAGUCGUUGACUCAUAGCCAUGGCCUGAGCGCGAGAGGUAUUCUGGAUGUGGUGGACCGGGGAGCGGAAAUAUUUAGCGGGUCACCGGCGUGGUUCGACCCGGCUGAAGCCAAGCCCCGGUACCUGUGCGCACAAACGGCGCGUGCCGUGGGGUGCGUAGCGGGUGGCGCGGUGGUGCCCAUGGUCAUGCUGCAGCUGUUGCUGCUGAAGCACAUUUCAUCUCAUCCCGUCGACCGGCGCCACAAUGCUGGGCAGGCUUGCGGCAGGGCGAGGGCUUCCACGCGUGUAUAUUCUAACAUUUUAAACAAAUAUUUUGACAAUGAUUUUUUUUUUUCCCCAUUAUAAAGAAAAGGCAUGAAACUCGCACAGUUUUGUUUGCGUGUGUGAAAUUGACACAUCUUUGCUUGCGCUUAAAAGGCUGGCUUUGAGUGGCCAGUGCUGUCUUUGAUUUGAUUGCUGCCACGUAUAAAUAAAUUGUGUGGUGGUGCGCUUGGGGAGGUGGGGGGGGGUGUGUUUGGGCGUUGCUGUACCACUAGGGCAUGGGACAGUGAGUGCCGUGAACUCUGCCUUGACGUUGCGUCUGAAAUCUAUUGGAGCGUUAAUAAUGUUUACGUCCGUGCAGGAGUUGGGCAGGGUGAGCGGCGCUGCGAGUCCGGCGAAAGCCACAGCGACCUCAUAAGAUCAUGGAGCUAAUUCAGGCGUCAUACCACCCAAUCAUCGCUUCUGUAUCCGGAUUGUUAAUAUUCAUAGUUUUCUCUUUAAUUUUCGUUCAGUACAGCGACUGCGCUUUUCCCUUUUUUAGGGGUAAUGGGCGACUGCACUACAAAACGCUGGGAAAAAAAAAUCUCACCGCGUGGUAAAGUUCUCUUGGCAUGGUUUAUCCGAUCACAGCCCGUCGGACCGGGGCCUUUGCCCUGCCGCCGUGGCCCGCUGCUCGACGGUGCCACUGCAGCGUGGGAGGUGGUGGUUCACCGUCCAAGUGGGACGAGCCAGGCCACUUGCAGCACAGCACAAGCGUGACACCGUCCUUGCUGCUGCGGGGGUAGUAGCCCUGGGUGCCACGCCCGCUGUGCGUCAAUUUAGUUGGGGCAGAGGCGUCGAUGAGACUUGGCACAGUGAUAAAAGUACGGCACCACGUGGAGGCCGACGGGGGCAGGUUGGUCUUGGGUGGGGGCCUGAAGCUGGCCCCUCUACCUAGCAGACUGGGGGGUCCGAACUGUAGAGUUUACAGGUAACAGGGUGGGUGGAUACAGAUUUAAGGAGUCGGCUGAUUCAAAUUUUAACCUUGACUUGUAUGUAUUCUGAUUACAAACAUUUUUAUUGUUAAAUCCACAGUACAUCACGGAUUGAAUUUACUGUCGAUGAAGUUGAAGUCGGCUUUGUUGUGGCGGAGGGGAGAGACGCUGUAGCCGAUGGACGGAACACUUGGGGGUGACACGUUGGCAGAAGAAUGCUGCGGGGGGGUCCCUUACAAGGCUCCAGUAACAAUUUGGGUUUCUCUUCAAUGGGAAAUGAAACUCUAAUGAAUACUCAUCGUAUACUUGCGUGUGUUAGCUUCAAGCUUAGAAAGUAAUGUUGAACCCUUAAAAAAUAGUGCAUUCUAGCCUGAGCCAGGGAGUCCAAACCAUUUGGUUGUGCAGGUGGUGGAACUGCACUGGCUACUACGGGCCCGGAGGCAGGGGAGAAGUUGGACAAAGUGGCCCAUUUUUUUUUCCUUGUAGCAGAGCUCACACCAAACACACUUUGUGUGCCACUGCUCAAACCCAUUGCCUUCAUUUGCCAACCGCCAGCUGCUUGGCGCCCAAACCCCUCGGCUGCAGCGUCCAGAGACGCCGCUUUCAACUGGGGAGUUGCCAAGGAGUACCCAACGAUCGUGGCUUCCACAUUGUCAAAUAGUGGUGCCCCCCCCCUCCCCAGAGACGAGAGCCGUCGCCACCGUGGACACCACGUGGUGCUGUGCCCCCACCGUGGCCUCGUCCCUGGCCUCGAAGUCCCCCCCCCUCCGCCACCAGUGGUUGAGUUCUCACGCUCGGCACGGCCCCCUGAGCGCGCUAGAGAGCGAGGAUCCCGGUUCACUCGUUCCGUGUGCGUGCGUGUGACCCUUGCAUGCACUUUUGGACAUUAACCGCAUAAUCAGUGGCAUUUUCGUGAGUAUUUGAAUCUGCAUCGUUUCUUGAGAGAGAGAGGCUCUUUAAAGUGAGAAUGUUAGAGGUAGGGAGGGAGGUGAGCUACAUUAAAAACGUGACAUUGUGUGGCGUCCAUUUCAUUUGCCACCAAAACUGAGGACUGGGUCCAUCUCUGGAAGUCAUCUCUUUUUGGGUUGUUGCUCGAGUGUAUGAGGAGGUAUUGGAGGGAGGCAGGACAUGCAGAGGUGUUGGUUUGUGUGUAGAGGUGUCUGAGUAGGUGUGUGUGAGUGAGUAGUUGGUUAGUGUCGCUGUGUGUUGGUGUCUGUGACUCGUGCAAUGCUUCGUGCACUGCACCACUAACAGCAUCUUGAGUUUGAUUCUCGGCCACGGCUAACAUCAGUGGCGAGUGAUAUCUGAACCGCUGCUGUGCCUGCCUAGGGUUGACUCAGCCUUACGAGUACCUGGUGCAUUGUGUAAGCAUCAUCACUGGGUAGACAAAGGCAGAUGGGCGUGGUGCUUGCCGCACUACCCCUCGCGUGUGCUGCGCCGGCCUUAAUAGGUGCUCGCUAACCGCAUUUCCCCAACAGUCUAGGGCUAUAUGGGGGAUCUUUGUCUUCGUGUGAUGUCUGUGUCAGAAGACAUCUAUGUGAGUAGGUGUCUGCGUGUAAGCAGGUGGGUUUGUGUGCGAGCAGGUAGCUUGUGUGUGGGCAGGUGUAUUGUGUGUGUGUGGAGGCAGGUGUAUUGUGUGUGUGUGUGGGCAGGUGUAUUGUGUGUGUGUGUGGGCAGGUGUAUUGCGUGUGUGUGGAGGCAGGUGUAUUGUGUGUGGGGGCAGUAGUGCAGCGGUUAUCGCGCUGCGCUACGAACCCGGCAACCCGAGUUUGAUUUCUGCUCACAGCCUCCAACACCAGUGAGGAUUAUCUGACCUAGUCCUGGACCUUCCCUAGGUCGACUCAGUCUCAAAUGAGUACCUGGUGCGAUGUGUAAACAUCAUCACUAGGGAGACAAGUGGCCGGGCAUGGUGCUGCCCCCCCAUGCCCUCGUGUGCCUUCAUAGGUGCUCGUGAAUAGCACUCGCCCCAACAAUCUGUUAAGGCUACACGGGGGGUCUCUGUGCGAGCAGGUGUCCGGAUCAGACUGGUCACUUACGCUCUGCCUCAAUGAUUUAAUGUACUCACCGCUUGCGGGAUCCCGCACGUUUCGCGUGUAUGUAUUGUACAUAAGUUGUAAAGGCGGUAUUAUUAUUUCGUAAUAAAAGUUGCAAACGGAA